AUGGUUGUGACAAAUAAUCUCCUGGAUCUGCCACCUCCCUCUCCUCCCAAGCCAAAAACCAUUGUCUUACCUCCCAACUGGAAGACAGCUCGAGAUCCAGAAGGGAAGAUUUACUACUACCAUGUCAUCACAAGGCAGACUCAGUGGGAUCCUCCUACUUGGGAAAGUCCAGGAGAUGAUGCCAGCCUUGAGCAUGAAGCUGAGAUGGACCUAGGAACCCCAACCUAUGAUGAAAACCCCAUGAAGACUUCAAAAAAGCCCAAGACAGCAGAAGCAGACACCUCCAGUGAACUGGCAAAAAAAAGCAAAGAAGUAUUUAGGAAAGAGAUGUCCCAGUUCAUCGUCCAGUGCCUGAACCCUUACAGGAAACCCGACUGCAAAGUGGGAAGGAUUACCACAACUGAAGACUUCAAACACUUGGCUCCCAAGCUGACUCAUGGUGUUAUGAAUAAGGAGCUGAAGUACUGUAAGACGCCCGAGGAGAUAAAGUGCAGCCAGAAUGUUUCUUACAGACACAGAGAGUGA